CAAGGCAGUCACUGGAAAACCGGAGCCCGCAUGAAAGAGCCUUAUAGCCCCAGGAGCUCUCUGACCUCGCCCAAGCCAGACGAUGAUUCACUUCAUUUUACAACUGCCGCCAGCUUUCUCGCUAUCUUGUCCGGUACAUUUGAAGCCCUGCUAAUGUUUUAGGAAGGCUGUGUAUUGCUCACAGCACAACAUUCGUACCAAAGAAACAACAAUAGCCUGGGCUUGAUCCGUACUCCACCAAAAAUCGACCCAAUAUCAUAGGCUACCGAAUUGUUGCGGAUCCUCUACCUCGAAGUAACAAAUCCACCAGCAUGUCACUUCCUUCAAAUGCAGCUGAAAAUCUAGCGAGGAAGCUGAAAGAGAAGAAACUGGAAUGGCCCCCCCGGGGCAAUACAUACUUUAUUCCAAUCAACGAGAUUCGAAAGCAUUUGAAGAAGGACGCGGUGCGGAAUGUACUUCACGAGAUAUAUCCAGAACUAGACGACAGAGGUCUCCAUUCUGCAACUAACCACAUUUGUACCAAGGCCCUGAAACUGUUCGCGAUACUUAUACUCUAUGGCUCAAACCAAGGCCCUUAUCCAAAUAUACUGGAUAUCAUUGACAGUAAAGUCACCGAUGAGGAUCUUCCUCUCGCGAGAGUCCCUUCGCAUUCACCAAACUACACUUUGGGAAAGAGGAAACACAAGUCCUGUCCUCAAGAACAUGAAUGCGAAUGUGGGAUACGUGCGCUUUCAUCUUGGAGAUCGCACGAUAUCGAAGACCUCAGUCGCGACCAGUGGCUUGUACUCGCGCCUGUCUUCAAAAGUUAUCCGGACCGCAUCAAACAUCAUAUUCUGGACGACAGCACAAUCAUGCCAUACAUCGGUGACAAAGAGAACGAAGAAGGCGAAAUGAGGGAAGGUGGCUACAGUGAAGUUUGGCGUGUCCAGAUUCAUCCUGCCCAUCAGUCCCUAUUCUCCUUGAGCGACUCUUCGGUAAGACGAAAGUCAGGAAAGAAAAGCAGAAAAUCUCACGCAUCUCAGGUGCCAAAGAUAGCCGUCAAAAGGUUGAUUUCUCGGAAAUCGGAGGACUUCGAGAAAGAAAACGACAUGCUCAGCAAGCUUACGCUCAAGAAGGACCCACAUCUGAUCAAGCUGCUGGCAACAUACAAAUUCAAGAACAAAUAUCAUUUUCUGUUUCCAUUCGCAAAGCUCAAUCUCCGCGAGUAUUGGGAGAAGAAUUCUCUGCUGAAGUGGGAAAAGACAGAGGUCCUCUGGGCUCUGGAACAAUUACUUGGAUUGGCUUCUGCUCUGCAUGUAAUUCAUGAAUUCAAAACGGCGUAUCCCCUGGGAUCUGAUCGUACCGACCCCGAAGUAUCUCGUCGGAGGCCAUCCAUGAAUGUCCGCAUGAAGGUUGACAAGGAAGAGGAGACAUUUGGAAGACAUGGCGAUCUAAAGCCGGAAAACAUUUUGUGGUUCGACAACCUCGAAGACUUUGGCCCUACCGGAAUUCUUCAAAUCACGGAUCUAGGUCUGGGCCGUUUCCAUCGCCUCGAAUCUCGGUCUCGUCAAGAUCCUACGACAAUCAACGGAUCCCCGACUUAUGUCCCUCCAGAACUCGUCUUAGAGAGAUUGGUUUCGAGAGCCUACGAUAUUUGGAGUUUCGCAUGCAUCUUCCUUGAAUUCAUCACUUGGAUGCUUGAUGGCAACACUGGUAUCCAAGACUUCGCAAACGCAAGACUCGUGGUAGCCCAUGAUACGGUCUUGGACGAUCUUUUCUACACCGUGUAUUACUCUGGCUCCGAGAAGUUCGCAACAGUACGACCACAAGUGACUGAAUGGAUCCAGAAGCUGCGUAAACAUAGACGUUAUUCCAAGAUGAUCCGAGAUCUUCUGGACCUGGUCGAGGACAGAAUGUUGCAAGUGGACACCGCAGACCGCAUAAGAUCUGGGGAGCUGAAGUCCAUACUCAGCAAGAUCGUCCAACGAGCUCAAUCAAACUCAACGUACCUGCUGGGUUAGCAAUUCAGGGCAGCACAAUGGAAGGAUGUAGUUCACAAAUUCGUAUUUUCGAGGUUGGGUUCUGCUGGCAGACCCUGAAAAUUGCGUUUGAGGAUUCAGUAACAAAAAGUAAAGCUGGUUAUGACGAGAAAGGACAAGACGGGAGGGUUUCAGGAGUUCAAUCCGUUUGUACGCUGGACACGUACAUGUACAGGUGGUUGCUUUAUUGUCAAAGGAGAAGAUAUAUUGAAUAGCAUUUGGCGUUGGCAAUUUGUGUAUUGAGGUUGGUGCCCGUUCGUACCUUCCACUUAUUACCUUAGAUGGUUCGUGAAAGCAAUCUGGCCAAAUCAUGUGACUCACAAAAUCAUCGUCACCGCAAUUUUUUUUUUGUAGAUAGUUUACCAAUUCAUUUAAGCAAUCAUGUCUGAUCACAUCCCA